UUUGUACACCUCCAGCAUAUCACUCUAAUAAUAGGCACAAAUAACAUAAUGCAAUUUGCUGACAGUGUUCAAUCGGUGCUCAGAACGGACACGCGCAUGCAACGAUGCAUGUCUUAUUAUUUAUAUUAUUCGUAGUCCCGAGUGAUUGUUAUAAAAUCUUAGCCUUACUUCCGUACCCCGGAAAGAGCCAUUAUAUGGUUUUUGAACCAAUUCUUGAAGAAUUAACGAAACGCGGCCAUCAUUUGACAGUGGUCUCAUUCUUCCCUUCGGACAAGCCAGAACCUAACCGGCGGGAUGUGAGCUUGGCUCACUUAGCAUCUCUGAACGUGGAAGUUAUUGACCUAAAGGACUUAGAUAGAAGUUAUUUCGGGUUGGAGAGAUACUUCGAACACAUACCUCUAGUUACUGCUUUGGCGAAAUCAUGUUUAAAGUUAUGCGAAAAGAUCAUUAAUUCUGAAGUUUUUGAAGAGUUCGUGCGCGGGGAGGGAGAUUACGAUGUAAUUUUAGUGGAGCAUUUCAAUAGUGAUUGCAUGCUCGGUAUAGUGCAUAAUUACGGAUUGCCGUCCGUAGGGCUGAUGUCUUCUGCGAUACUACCAUGGACGCCAUCAAGGGUUGGUGCCCCUGACAACCCGGCAUAUGUCCCUGGCAUGACGCUACCUUUCACUGAAGAAAUGAACUUCUACGAGCGAUUAGAAAACACUCUAGUGCUCCUGUUUUAUAACACUUGGUAUGAAUGGGCGAUUUGGAGGGAAGAGCAGAGGAUCUUGGAGAGGAGACUUGGGAGGAAACUGCCGCUGUUGAGUGAUGUGGGGAGAAACACUAGUGUCGUGCUUGUGAACACGCAUUACUCAAUCAACGGUGUUAGAGUGCUGCCGCCUUCUAUUGUGGAGAUCGGCGGGGUACAUCUACACAAUAGAGAUGUACAGCCGUUGACAGAGCCUUUAGAUGAAUUGGUGUCCGCCGCAAAGAAUGGAUUUAUUUUGUUCAGUUUGGGCUCCUUGAUUCGUGGCUCAUCGCUUCCGAAGAAGAGGUUCGACGCCAUAGUGAAAGCAUUCGCGCGUAUGCCACAACUGAUUUUGUGGAAAUGGGAGGCAGAUCCCGUCGAAGAUCUACCAGAUAAUAUUCUUAUGUUGAAAUGGCUACCACAGUAUGAUUUAUUAAAUCACCCAAACUGCAUGGCGUUUGUCACUCAUGGAGGCCUGCUGAGCCUUACCGAAGCAGUGGCGGCGGGUGUGCCUUCCCUCAUCAUCCCGAUACUUGGAGACCAGUUCGGGAACGCGGCGCACGCGCAGCGCGCGGGUGUGGCAGAGGUAUUGCCGUUUAAGGAUAUUGAAGAAGAGAGUAUGUUUGAAGCGCUGAACAAAGUUUUAUUUUGGCAAAAGCGUCAGUAUGCCAGACUUCUGCGAGAGGUAUGGCGAGACAGGCCCCAUCAACCCAUGGAGACUGCCAUCUUCCACAUCGAACGGACCGCGCGCUUCGGCGGCGUCGAGAUGUCCUCGCAUGGACGCUGGCUUACCAGAUACCAACUGGCAGGACUAGAUUUAAUAACCUUUGUUAUAAGUAUAGUUGUUUGUGUUGUUUAUGUUUUUAAAUGUGUAUGUAGUAAGAAGUUAAAAAAAAAGCAGUGUUAGUGAAUUUUAGUAUGGAUAAUUAUGCGCUUUGUUUGUAAGUUAUAACAUACCUUUUUUAAGAAUGGCAACUCUAAAUGAAUAUUUGGAAAAAGGCUGUAUUUUUAAAUAAUCGUAUUUUCCUUUAUUAUAAAUACAAAUAGUUUAAACUUGCAAAAAUGUAUUCGUAGGGAGUUGUAAAAAUAAAAAUAAAUUUUAAAAAAUA